AUGCGAAGGUGCCGGGACAGCGGGAGCGUGGCUCUGCCCUGUGCCCUGGGGCUGGGGACCCUGCUGACCCUGCCGGGGGUGCUAGGCUCAGACGGCAACACUGCAGACAGCGCGGGCUCCGUCACCACCGUCCUGCUGCUGCUGCUACUGCUGCUGCUGCUUGUCGCCGGGCUGGCACUGGCCUGGCGCCGCCUCAGCCGAGACUCGGAGGGCUACUACCACCCAGCCCGCCUGGGGGCCCGGCUGUGGGGCCGCACACGCCGCCUGCUGUGGGCCAGCCCGCCAGGUCGCUGGCUCCGGGCCCGGGACAGGCCAGAGUCGCUGGACAAUGACCUCGAGCAGCAGGAGGACGAGAAUGAGGCUGAAGACUACAUCGUGGAGGGCGGCCUAGGAGAGGAUGAAUCCCAGAUAGAAGAGCAGCUGUGCAGAGGGACCACCAGCCUGGCGCCGGCUCCUGAGCAGGCCCAGGAGGUCCCUGAUGGUGACAGCGCGGGGAACCUGGGCCUCCACACUCAGGGGCCAGCGGGAUCAGGGGGCAGCUCAGAGGCCCUGCUCAAUGACCUGCAUGCAUUUGCUGGCAGUGCCGCCUGGGACGACAGUGCUGGAGCCACCGGGGGCCCCCAUGUCACUGCGCUUUAG